AUGUACGAAUUUAAUAGUGAUUUAAGUAAAGGGAUAAGGUCCUUUAAGGAAUUGUUAUUGGUAACUCAGGAUGAUGAAGAUUUUGAGACUACAACUUCUGUUGAACAGUGUUUAGAUUGCAGUAGACCUUGGCUCUGUUACUGGUCACUACACGCGUUAAAUUUACUAGGUGAACAAUUAAAUGAAGAAGACAAUAUAAAAGUUAUUGAUUUUUUAUCUAAAUGCCAAGACCCAUUGGGAGGUUUUGGUGGUGGUCCUGGUCAGUUUCCACAUUUGGCUUCUACUUACGCUGCGGUUUGUGCACUGUGUACUAUUAAAUCCAAAAAAGCCUAUGAUGCAAUCGACAGAAAAUCAUUGGUGCGUUUCUUCCGUUCGUUGAAAUUUAAAGACGGAAGUUUUUCAAUGCACAGAGACGGCGAGCUGGACAUAAGAGGUGUUUACUGUGCGAUUGCAGUAGCUAAAUUGACAAAUGUCUACUCAGAAGAGCUAUUUAAGGGCACAGAUGACUGGAUUUCCAGGUGUCAGACCUGGGAAGGUGGCUUUGGAGGUUGUCCAGGUAUGGAAGCUCAUGGGGGAUACACUUACUGUGGACUUGCGUCGUUAGUUUUGAUGGGGAAGGUUGAUAAGUGUGAUUUGUCCGCGUUGUUGAGAUGGCUGGUUAAUAAACAAAUGAAAUUAGAAGGAGGUUUUCAAGGACGUACUAAUAAAUUAGUGGACGGCUGCUACUCGUUUUGGCAAGGAGCUUCAUUUCCUCUGAUAAAUGCGAUCCUAGCUAAAGAAAAAAAAUAUUUCAAUUCAAACAAUCACUGGCUCUUUGAUCAAAAAGCACUUCAAGAGUAUAUUCUUGUUUGCUGUCAAAAUCCUUAUGGUGGAUUUUUAGAUAAACCAAAAAAAAAUCGUGAUAUUUAUCAUACUUGCUACGUACUGAGUGGACUCUCGAUAGCCCAAAAUUCACCCACUCCGUCAAUACUCGGCCAACGGUACAUUAAUUUAGUCGAAUCAACUCAUCCACUUUACAACCUUGUGUCUUCAUGUGUCACCAAGGCCAUUAAUUACUUUGAAAUACUGCCAAUACCUGAUUAA